ACAUUUCAAAUUUUUAGCUAUCAGAAACGAUAAUAGAUAUUACAGGGGGCGCUGAUGGUUAACCUCGUGGGAUUUUUAGAUAGUCGCCAUUUUGCUCCGUAGCACAUUUCAAAUCUAUUAGGCGAAGUUUUCAAACUCCUUAUUCUUAUUGUUCCAAAUUUAAGGAUGUCUACAACACAGUACGGAAUCGGUGUCACUAAGAACCGAUUCGAAUUAUUCGACAUUGAUGAUGAAGAUCCGUUAGAAGUUUUAAAAUUACGUGAACUGGAAAGAGAGGCCCGAAAGAAAACCAAGCUUUCUGAAAAAGAAAAUAAAGGGAAAGAACUAGCACCGAAACCAAAGGUUAGCAUUCAAAGGAAAGGCAUUAAAGAAACUCAAAAUCUAAAACCUCUGGAAGGACAAAAACCCAAGGAAGAAGUGAAAGGUAGACCUGCCAGAAUUGAGAGACCUGAACGAAAAUUUACUGGAACAGACCCUAGAGAAGUUCAAAAUAAUCGCCGUAAUCGUGUGGAGGAUCGUGCAUCGACUGAUUUUCAGCCUAGGGAAGAAAGAGGUGGUGAAAGGUUUGAGCGACGUGAAUAUCGAUCUGAUAAGACCACUCCUAGUGGGUUUUAUGGAGAAGGCGGUGAUGGAAGAGGUCGAGGUAGGGGUGGUCCACAGCGUGGCAAUUUCAUUCGUGGAGGUAGAGGAGGGAGAGGAAGUCAACGUCCAACAUUUGAUGUUAGAGGGAAACGAGAAUAUGAUCGUCAGUCCGGCUCUGAUAAAACGAGUACUUACAGUGGUGUGAAACAUGUAGACAAGAGAGAAGGUGCUGGCGCACACAACUGGGGAAAUCUCCGAGAUGAUAUUGUUGAUAUUCAAAAUACUCCCGUGUCUGAUGAAGCUACAUGGACUGUUGAAAAAACAGAAGAACCUGUGGUUGAAACCAAUGGAACCGUAGUUGAAACUGAAGAAGUUGUUCAAAAUAUUGCUGAAGAAGAGCUGAAGGAAUUGACCUUAGAUGAAUGGAAGGCAUUGAAAGCUCCAAGACAAAAACCUACAUACAAUAUUAGAAAGGCUGGUGAAGGAGAAGACCCUACUCAAUGGAAAAAAAUGUAUGCAUUGCAGAAAAAGAAGGAUGGUGAAGAAGAUGAAGAGGAUGACGAGUUUGAAUAUGAAAGUUUUGAUUACCCCCAAAGAGUUGGACGUCAAAAGCAUGUUUUGGAUAUUGACAUACAUUUUAAAGAUACUCGGGGUGGAGGUAGAGGUCGUGGAGGUAGAGGAAUGGGUCGUGGAGGUCCCCGCAUGGGUUUAAGAGGAACAAAUGGGCCACCUGCUGAAAAAGUUCAUAUUGCUCGUGAUCCUGUUAUUCCAAAAAUUGCUCCAAAAGUUGAUGAUGAACAUGAUUUUCCUUCUCUGGGUUAAAUGACUAGUCUUGAAUCAAUAAUUGUUAAAUUCAAUUAAAACUCCUUCUGAAUUUAGACUGACAUUUAUUUAUAGGGAAAAAAAAAAAAAUAAUAACCUUUCCUAUUUCCAUUUCAGGAAUCUAGGUUACUUAUUACUAAUUAUAUAUAUAUAUAUAUAUAUAUAUAUAUAUAUAUAUAUAUAAAGAUCAGUGCUUUUCUCUUUGUUUAGUAACCAUUAUUUGUGUCUGAAGUAUUUUAAAUUUAAAUAUUUCAAAAAAUUUCAUUUUUUUGUAAUUCAUUGGAAUGAGUAAUUAUGUUUGGUAUUAAGAUCUUUAAGUUUUAUGUGCAUAUUUUCCACUAGUCUCAUCAAACUAAUUAUUGAUUAUUCUCCUUUUUUUUUUUUUUUUUCCUUUUACUGUUAAAACAGUUUCAUAUACUCAAAUAAAGUUUGCCUUCUUAAACUUAUUUUGAAUGUGGUUAAUGUAUGAUUUUUAUGAGCGUUUGCUUGAAUCUUCAAAAAGAUUCGCAGUGUAGAAGUUUGAAUUUUUGUAAUUAUUAUACACAUUAAUUAAAUCAAAUUUCUCAGAAUUAAUUUUUUUUUCAAUAUUACUUUUAUUUUUAAUUUUUUUUAUCUAUUUACAUAUGUGUAUAUAUAUGUAUGUGUGUAUAUUAUUUUGAGUGUGUUUUAAACUUAGUGUUUUUUUGUUAUUUUUUUUUUUAAGAGAAAGGAAUUUCAUUUGGUAAAACUGUUGAAUAUUUUAGUAUGAAUGGUUUUAUGUACUUGAAAAAAAAAGUGUGAGAGGAAAUGAGCAUGACAGGUCCUUGGUUGGGUUUAGUAGAGACAUCCAUGUUAUAAUUAUUUUUAUCUAUACUUAAUUGUAUCAUAUACUUAUAAUAAACUAUAUAUUUGUAAUUAUUUAUGUAUAGCCAGACAAAAUUUUUUUUUUUUUUGUUCAUUAAUAUUGUUGAGGAAAUUUAAAUAACCAUUCAUGAGGAAAUUUAAAACAAAUAUCCUUGGUAUAAACACUAGAAGGUCAUGAAAAAAUAUUUUGCGUAUGAAAUUUAUUUUAAUUGCGUAAUAUUGUAUUUUUUAGGUUAAUAUCUGCAAGUUUUGUAAUAAAUGCUUUAUAAAGUAAAAAUAUUCUGUGUGUAUGCAUGUAUGUGUGCGUAAUUGAUAGUGGGAGUUUGUAUCCAUAUUAAUGUUAUCUGUGUAAGAUAUUUUGUAGCAUCUGAUCAAUACUGUCUUAUUUUUGUACUCAUUACCCAAGGUUUCUGGGUUGUUAAAAAUUGAUCAAAUCGAAGAGACAAUUCUUUUCAAAUUUGAUGUUUUGACUGUUAAAAACACUAGCAAAUUUUUGUAUAUGUUUAUUUUUUUUUUUUUUUUUGCGUCUAGUUCUCAUGAACAAUUUUUAAAUCUGUAAAUUGUAUAUAUAAUUUGCAUUUUCAUUUCUUUUAAACAUUUUAAUAUUAAAUGUAAUACAAAAAAUAAACAUAAGGAAAUUUGCUAUAUUUAUAUUAAGCAGCAUUGCCAAUGCUUAUGAAGUUAUAAUUUGGUUCAAAUAUUUGGUGUGUUUUAUUUUAUAGGCGUUAAAAGAUACAUUAAGACAUUUUGACAUAUUUUCACAUUGUUUAUCACAAACUGUUAAUAAGUAUUUUAAAAUUUCAAUACUAAGAGUCUACCUGUUGUGAUUGUAUAUGUCCAGUUAUUUUAUAUUAAUUAUCUUUUAUUUCACGAUCCAUAGUUAUUGUAAAAUAUAAAUGCUAGGUAAUUAUCAUUUUAUAAUAUAUAUAUUUUUUUUUUAAGAAAGUGACUAUUAUAAAUUAUAGUUAAAAUAUAAAAUGUACAAUUAUUUUUGGUUCUCAUAAUUCUGUAAAUUAUAACAUUUUCAAUGCU